AGAGCAGAGGCCGACCUACUGAAACAGAGCGGCGCUCUUGUCAUGGCCGUGGGUGUGGCUGAAGCCAACGUGAACGAGUUGAGAACCAUCGCGUCCGUCCCUGAAGUUGUCUACCACGUGAACAAAUUUGACGCACUGCACACCAUACAGGACGACAUCGCCAACAACGCCUGCAGGCUCAGUAAGUCUCUCAAGAUUGUAUUGGCUGGGUUAAAAGCUCUGACCUAUUUCUGUUACAAAGUAAAAGUUGAAUUUAAACACAAGAAGCCUUGCUUACUAGUUAGGACAACGUAACCACGUUACGCGUAUUAGUGGUGUAAAAUCUAAAGUAGUAAAUCCAUAUGGCCCUCCAUAUAUCCACCGCUGAUCCCGUCCUUUAGGUUGCACCAUCCCAUUUCUUUUUUAAACAGCUUGGAGUCAAAUCAUGCCUGAGAAAAUACUUUAGAUGGGGCUGGAAUGGUGAGGAAAAUAAUUUGUAUUGAAAAAACCACAGUUAUCUUUUCAAUGGGAGGUAAUACUUAUGACACUGCCGUUUCUCAGUAUUUUCCUUUAUUACAUCCCUGCGCGAAUUGUAUAUUGUGAAAAUUAUCUUUAAAAAAUUGUGAAUUCAACAAAAAUUAUUAAAUUUAUUCUAGAAAAUUUCAUCCGAUGUUACCAGGAUUAUAAUGGAAUGCAUAUUACUCUACAUUCUAUCUACUAUUGCCAAGUCUCAACAUGAAAAAAAAAAAAAUCAAAUUUCUACGUAUAGAUCUAAACCUAUCAAAGGUCAUCGGGAUAUGAUUUUUUAAAAUCAUAUAUUAUAAAAACCUACACAUUUUUUUACGCCCCUGAACUGCUAAGGGGGAAAAAUAUCAUAAAUUGUAAAAAAAAAAUGUCCUUAAAUUUAAAAAAAAAACGAAAAAAAAAUUUACUAAUUUUAAAUAUCUGUAACAUUAACGGAUUGUGAUUUAGUGGUAUCUCAUGAAAAAAAAUUACCCAAAUAUGUUGCUUCGCUUCUGAACUAAAAUAUCAAAAUGGUAAAAAAAAAAGAAAAAAAAAGCAGAAUUCUUAUGCCUAAUGAAUAAUCUCUUAACCAAUUGUCAUGUCUGUAAAAGCCUGAUGCUUUGCUCAAAGUAGAAAACCAAAAUUUUCAUACAUAAAUAUAUAUAUAUAUAUAUAUAUAUAUAUUAUUGUAAACAUGUUGUUACCUUGUUACCUCUACUCCGUGCCUUACCUCGUGUACGAAACUGAAUCGAAUUGAAUGCAAAUGUCACGAAAAAAAGUGGAAAGCAGAAGGUCUCAAUCUAUGUCUAUGUCGCAACAACGUCAGAGUCCAUCUUCUUGCAGUUAAACAGUUGCCUGAUGCUCUACACAGCCUCCUUACUAACUAUAACACUGAGUCUAAGCAUGUUUGGACAAAUAGAAAAUAGAAUGGGUCUUUCCAUAUAAUAUAUAUAUAAUAUCACAUGUAAGAGUUUUUUAGGUGUGUAUUUAUGGAUGUAAUCCGUCUUGACCAGGCGCGCAAAAUAAAUUUCCCAGAAGUAAGCACUAAUUAGACUUCUUAUGUCAUGUGUAACUUGAAUGCAUAUCUUGUCAAGCACCUUAAGUAGAUGGGAAAUUCACGCACUGCCCCCGUCAUUGUGUAUAUAAUUGGGCUAUAAUUGUGUAAAAUGAUAAAUAUAUAAAUAUUUUAAUAUUUACCAUGUAUUUUUAACCUGUCUUAAAUGGAUCCUUUGGCGUUAUUGGGAUUCUGUUUCGUGUGUAAUAUUAUCAUGUGAAAUGUAAAAACUUAUUUUAAAAAGUGGACCAUUUCAUCGAAUCCAGUGGUGUGGUGGAGACACGACGGUCUAAUUCGCGCUUACCGACUAGAAAAGUGUGUCUGUUCUACCGAACCGAACCAAUAGUUUAAAAAGUUGAACAUGUUAAAACAAUGAAAUAAAAGGUCAAUUCUUCCAAAAUUCAAAUGUAAAAAAAAAUGAAAAUUUUAAGAAUGAACUAAUAUAUUAACUUAAAUUUGAAGUUGUCAAUAUUUUGCUGGCUAUUAUGACGCUAGUAGAGUUUGGAAAUCAUACGGAUAGCGCCGCUAGCAAAAGCAAUGAAUUCACUUGAGGGUUUCACUCUAGUUUCAUUCAGACAAAUCCAUUUUAAAAAUAGGAAAUGACUUAAAUGAUAAAAGUACUAAAUACAAUUUUUAAUCACACUAAGAAAUUAACCAGUGAGGUCGUUACUUUUACAUACCAUUGGUCGCGGCAAUUUUUUUUAAAAAUUUAAACAUUAUAAAGAUACCAUGAAGUAGAUGUGGAAAAAAACUUAUUGAAGUAAAGCUUUUUAAUUUAUCUUAAAGAAAAAAAAUGACGGUCUGUUCUGUUGAGCGCUCCUCAACUUACUCGAAUAAUGUUUUAAAAAUCAAGCAGGAACGAGGAAAAAAUUUUCAAGGUGCAAGCUGCUCUUGUCUUUUUUACAAAACCUUGGACGUACCCCAAAUCACUCAACGAAUGGAUUGAUAUGUUCUCUAUAACUGACAAGUACCACACCGCUGCCUUUAUCUAACUAGGACAGGGAUACAAUGAAACAAAUAGUUAACACCCUUGAUUUAUGCGUACAUCAUAUCCCCGUUUAAUUUUGUUAAUAAUAUCCUUUGGAAAAGCUUGUUUUAAAUUUUAACCGCCGUAGCCGUGUUUUAAUCCCUCUUGAGCAAAAAUUAUUGAUUAUAAUUAUGAUUGAUUGUUAACAGUUCACAGUGUAUGAAAGUCUUGCAUGUAAUGCUACCUGAUAGAAACAUCUGUUUGGUUUAAAUAUUCUGUUACAUUACCAUGCAAGUAAAUACUCAUUACAUUUCACAUGUUAAAAAAUAAUGUUUAUAAGUAGACAUACUUUUUUUUCUAUGGCAUUUGUAUAGAUAAGUUGGCUGGUAGAGAGACAGAACGUCAAAGAGAGGCUGAACGCCAAAGAGAGGCAGAACGUCAAAGAGAAGCUGAACGCCAAAGAGAAGCUGAACGUCAAAGAGAAGCUGAACGCCAAAGAGAAGCUGAACGUCAAAGAGAAGCUGAACGUCAAAGAGAGGCUGAACUUCAGAGACAGGCUGAGAUUCAGAGACAAGCUCAAAUUCAACGACAGAAUGAACUUCAGAGACAGGCAGAACGACAGAGAGAGAUUGAGCGUCAGAGAGAGAUUGAACGCCAAAAAGAGAUUGAACGCCAAAAAGAGAUUGAACGACAAAAAGAGAUUGAACGACAAAAAGAGAUUGAACGACAAAAAGAGAUUGAACGACAAAAAGAGAUUGAACGAGUGAGAAAAGCUGAACAAGAGCGGGAAGCACUGCGUAUCAAAGAAAUAACAUUGACCAAAGCUGUCAACGACAUGAGGGUAUGUAUUGAAUUUAAUAACAUACGUGUAUGUACUAAAUAUACUGACAUUAGUGUAUGUUUUAUAUUCAGUGACAUAAGUGUAUGUAUUAAUUAUACUGACGUUAGUGUAUGUUUUAUAUUUAGUGACAUGAGUGUAUGUAUUAAAUAUACUGACAUGAGUGUAUGUUUUAUAUUCAGUGACAUGAGUGUAUGUAUUAAAUCUAAUGACAUGAGUGUAUGUUUUAUAUUCAGUGACAUGAGUGUAUGUUUUAUAUUCAGUGACAUGAGUGUAUGUUUUAUAUUCAGUGACAUGAGUGUAUGUUUUAUAUUCAGUGACAUGAGUGUAUGUUUUAUAUUCAGUGACAUGAGUGUAUGUUUUAUAUUCAGUGACAUGAGUGUAUGUUUUACAACAUGGCAUCCUCCUCACAUUAAUCCAGUUAUUGUUUACCACAACAAUUACAAUGUAAAUGAUUUAAAGAGAAGAACUUGCUGCUUCCCCUUUGUCUAAAUAAUAUUAAUAAUAAAUGUAUGUUUUCAUUUUGCGCUUUAAUAUUAAAAGUGGCAGUCAUUCGAUGAGUAAAUACCUCUAAAUUUCAACAGAUAACUCAUCGUAUUAAAAAGUCCGAUGUGAAAUUUCGCUUAUUUAAGGAGAGUAUCUUGUAUCUCUACAAAUCAAAUAAAGAGCUAGUAAUGUUCCAGGAUUUGCUAUUUUUAACGUAUUCACUUGACAGAUAAACAUGCCAGCGUCCUCAAUGAAACAAGAAACAAUUAGCCUGAUACUCAUAGGAUCGUCACUGAGUGGCAAAAGUGAAACAGCGAACAUGAUCUUGGGCUCAGAGAAAUUCCGCGCCAUUGGCCGUCAGGGUGCACACACUCAUAUGGAAUCGGUCAGUCAUGACAACUUUGAAGUCAACAUCAUAGAAUGUUCUGGGUGUCUUGGCACGGCAAGCGUUACUCUGGAUGUGUUGACCGUCACCCAUGACAUCAUGGUCGAGACCUUAAAUAUCUGCCCCAAAGGAAUCCACGCACCCAUAUUUGUGAUGAAGUUCAACGCGAAUACCCGCGUGAUGGAAGCCCAUUUGGAGUUUGAGAUUAUGAAGCGCAUGUUCGAGGCCGACUUUAUAAAACAACACGGCGUCUGCGUCAUCACCGGGGCCGAAGAGUUCGCCGACUGUUGUGGAGAUUCAGACCAGGUCACGUUCUCGAACUGGAUUCAGCGACAGGGUGGGCUGCUGGGAGAGAUAUUCAAAGCGUUCAACCACAGAUGCGUCCUGUUCGAUGUUGAAAUGUCAAGCAGGAAUCCCAGGAUGAUGAGCCGAGAGUCACAAGUCAAAGAAUUGCUGACUGUGGUA